UAAUCAGUCCAUUUUCCAUUACCAGCAAUAAAGCUUAUCAUUAAUUAGAUUUACGGCGUCAAACCAAACACGCUAUUCCUUUCCAUAGUACCUUCCUGCAAUGGUUUUUUUAUCCCUUAUAAUUUUCCCAUUCCUUGUCCCACUAUGCAGCAGUGAAAUACAAACGUUGGUAGUUGGGGGGAGAAAUGUGUCGGACAUAGGACGAUUUCCACACGCUCUGUACAUUCUUUUUACCUGUCCCGGCGAAACUGGCACAUGGUUGUGUGGGGGGUCCAUAUUGACUCAAAAUAUAUUUUUGACAGCGGCCCACUGUAUGAAUAUGCAGUGUGAUAUGAAAAUAGAAAUUGUUGCGGGUACUGAAAAUGUUGAAAAGGCAAAGAGCAUAAUACGAAUCAUCGACAAAUACUAUAGACACGAAUAUUUUGACGAGCAAGGGCCAACAUUACGGAACGACAUCGCACUGUUGGCUGUAAAAAUGCCUCUGCCGCUAGGAAGGAACGUAAAACGAGUCGUGUUGAACCAACAUUUUCCAAAUAAUACCAUUAUGGUGGCUGUUGCUGGAUGGGGAAGGUUUUCCGAGACUAGUACCGAUUUAUCAAAAAACCUGAAGUAUGUAUGGCAGUUUAUCAAGCCCAAGAUAUAUUGCCAAAAAUGUUUAGGAGAACCUUUGUGGUCUGGUCAGAUGUGUGCUUCGAAUGACGUCAAACAUUACCCAACUAUCCACGACUCCGGAUGCGCAUUGGUCACCAAAUCCGGGCGCCAGGUCGGCCUGGUGUCCUACAGGAUACCCACAGUGCCGGACAUCGUAGUAUACACGAACGUCUCCCAUUUUGUUCCGUGGAUAAGGAAGCAUGCACGCAAAUUGUCCUGUGCAGUGUCCAAAAUGAAAAGAGAUCCCAAAGAAAAUGAUGAUUAUUACGGGGAAGAUCCGAAUGUAGAACCAGACAAGGAUACUUUAAUGCAUAAAUUACAUAGGCCAGAUAAUUAG